AUGAAGAUCCUUAGUUGGAAUACACGAGGGCUUGGGAACCCUCGUGGUAUUCGUACUCUUGCUGAUUUACUCAGAAGAGAAGAUCCCGAUGUUUUGUUUUUGCAAGAAACAAAACUGAAUGCUGCAAAAAUGGAAUUCUAUAGAGUUAGAUUUAAGUUUAAUUGUUGCUUAACUGUUGAUGCGGUUGGUAGAAGUGGGGGCCUUGCUUUAUUAUGGAAGCAAGAUGUGCCUCUGUCCAUUCUGAGUUACUCAGCAUCACAUAUUGAUGCUAUGCUGGAGGGCCCCCAGUCAAGACGAGGAGGUGCUAAACCUUUUAGGUUUGAGGCAAUGUGGAUUGGUGAAACUGAAUGUUCAAGAAUUAUACAGCAGGAGUGGCUUGCUGCAAUUUCCUCAAAUGGAAUGCAGGGUGUUAUGGACUGUAUUUAUAGUUGUAGCAGUAAGUUACAAAGGUGGAACAAAUCAAAGUUUGGUAAGGUCCAAGUCAAGCUGAAAGAAGCAAAGCACAAACUCUCCAUGGAACAAAGUCAGGAAGUGAUUCUUGAUAAAAUGGAGAGGAAGGUCUCUCAUGAGAUGAACGUUGAACUUAUUAAAUCCUUCACAGCUGUUGAAGUUCUUCAAGCUUUGAAAGAGAUGCAUCCCAACAAAGCACCAGGGCCUGAUGUUUUGAAUCAUGGAGAAAUGCCUCAAGCUCUCAAUCACACUUUCAUCACUCUGGUCCCUAAGAAGAAGAGUCCUCAAACAGUAAAUGAUCUUAGACCAAUUAGUUUAUGUAAUGUUGCAUAUAAACUAAUUUUUAAGGUCAUUGCUAAUAGAAUCAAGCAAGUGUUACUUGUGAUCAUCUCAGAUACUCAGUCCUCUUUCAUACCUGGCAGACUCAUCACGGACAAUGUACUAGUGGCCUAUGAAGUUUUACACUAUUUGAAGAGAAAGAAGAAAGGAAAGAAAGGUUUUAUGUCUAUCAAGCUUGAUAUGAGCAAAGCUUAUGAUAGAGUCGAAUGGAGUUUUAUUGAAUCUGUUAUGAGCAAGUUGGGAUUCCAUGAGAAGUUAAUUCAACUUGUGAUGAUGUGUGUGAGGACUCCUACUUUUUCAAUUCUGAUUAAUGGCUCUCCUACUGGUCUUAUUGUUCCUUCACGAGGGUUGAGGCAAGGAGAUCCUAUUUCUCCUUAUCUAUUCCUCUUGUGUACUGAAGGGUUGAUUAGCCUUUUGAGAGAGGCUGAAAGAACUAAUGUUGUUACUGGAUUACAGAUUUGUCAUGGAGCUCCUAAACUGAAUCAUCUGCUUUUUGCAGAUGAUAGCUUGAUUUUCUGUAAUGCUGAUAUGGAAACAAAUGUAAGGUUGCAAACUCUAUUAGAGCAGUAUGAAGUUUCCUCAGGUCAGCAGUUGAAUAGAGAGAAAACAACAAUGGUUUUUAGUGCUAAUGUGAAUCAGCAUAACAAGCAGGCUAUUAUGAAUUUGUGGUGCUCAACUCAAUUGCAGCACUAUGACAAGUACCUUGGGCUGCCACCUGUGGUGGGCAAGUCCAAAUCGAGGGCAUUUGCAAGCAUUAAGCACAAAGUUUGGCUCAAGUUGCAAGGUUGGAAGGGGAAUAUGUUCUCUCAAGGGGGUAAGGAGAUCCUCCUUAAAGCAGUAGCUAUGGCAAUUCCAUCUUAUGCCAUGAGUUGUUUUAAGCUUCCACCAAGGCUUUGCUCUAAAAUAGAGAGUAUGAUGGCAAGGUAUUGGUGGGGUCAGAAGCAGGAGGAGAGAAACAUCCAUUGUCUAAGCUGGAAGAAGAUGUGCAAUUUGAAAUUUGUGGGAGGCAUGGGGUUCAAGGAGCUUGAGGUUUUCAAUAUGGCAUUGUUGGCAAAACAAGCUUGGAGAUUAUUGCAAAAUCAGGAUAUUUCUCUUGGAGGAAAUCCUUCCUAUGCUUGGAGGGGUAUUUGGGAAGCAAAGAGGCUGCUAGUGCAAGGUGGCAGAUGGAAUGUGGGAAAUGGAAGUUUAAUCCAUAUUUUGAAUGAUGUUUGGAUCCCUGGAUUUAGAAAUUUGAGACAAGCACUGGGAAAUGAGCAGAGUAUUGAACACAGUAGCCAGCUGGACAAUCAAGUGUUCUCUCUUAUUGAUCAAAGUACUAAAUGGUGGGAUAUUGCCAAGGUUAGAGCUCUUUUCAAUCCAAACAUGGUGGAGGCUAUUCUCAGAUUGCAUCCAAGUCAUACUGGAGCUGCUGAUCAUUGGAUGUGGGAACACGAGAAGUCAGGCUCUUUUUCUAUCAAAAGUGCUUACAGUUUCUUUAAAACUAUCUUGGAAUCAGAACAUGGGGAAUCCUCUAGUGGGGCUUUGAUGAAAAAAUUCCGGACUGCUCUAUGGAAGUUACAAGUUCCUCAUAAAGUUAAGGUUUUUGCUUGGAGGGCUUGUAAGGAUAGUUUACCAACAAAGGCAAACCUGAUCAAAAGAAAACUGGACAUUGAAGGAAAAUGUUGCUUUUGUCAACAUCCAUUCGAGGAUUUGAGAUGGUCAACCCCUCCAGAAGACUCUCUUAAGCUAAACAUUGAUGGGGCUCUCUUUUUUGAUUUAAACAAAGCUGGUAUGGGCGCGGUUUUGAGGAACCAUAUGGGUGAAAUUCUUAUGGCAUGUAGUAGAGUGGAAUCUGUUUCUCUGGAACCAGAACAAGUUGAAGCUGUGGCUUUAUUGAGAGGCCUUCAAUUGUGCAUGAGCUUGGGUAUCCCUAAGCUGAUAAUUGAAAGUGACUGUUUGUUCCUAGUUGAAGAGGUUAAUAGAUCAUCUGAGUCAAAUGCAGCUAUAUGA